CUCCUCGGCGUCGUGACCCCUCGUUCACCAACGAAGGGCUAUCUAUUCACUAACAUAGGCGGCUUAAGCAGUGUUUUUUGUCAUACCGACACCCACGAAGUGAAAACGUACUCCCUCGAAUGCUGAAUCCUCGGUAUAUAGUCGACGAUCGGCAUAAAACAUACCAGAACGCCUGCCCCCGGUUCCCGAAUAUUACCUUCAUAAACCAGACCGACGCAAUGCCUAAGACUAUACGGAUCGCGGAGCUGCCAAAGGCGGAAAACAUAGUGUUUCGCAAUUCCUCGUUUUUCGAACAACAUAAGCGUGACCUUCCGUCCCCUAACGAGAUUCGGGAAAGGGAUAUUGAAGUUAAUAGCUUCCGCCCGCGAUCACCGGCGCCUCCGCCCAUCCCAUUCAAAGAGCUGGGUCUUAUUGUCAAAUACGGCUCCGAGAUUACAAUAGCCGAAGCGCAAUGUCUUUGGUACUUCAAUCGGUACAUGAAAGACACAGUACCCACGCCAGAGCUAUACGGUUGGUGUCGUGAUAAUGGCGAAACUUUUAUCUACAUGGAGCUCAUCAACUGCGGUACGUUGGAGGAUGUUUGGCCCUCACUUGACCAAGAGGAUCAAAAUAUAAUUUGCGAACAGCUACGCGCAUGUGUAGAGUCAUGACGUGGUUUGCGCCAGGAAACAGAACCAUAUCACAUCGGUAGGACUCUAUAUAGGCUCUUUCGCGACUAGCCGGGGGUAUUAACUACUACUCUAGGUCAUAUCGGACUUCAAGGGGUAGGCGAUAUUAUUUUCAGCGACGCGGGAGACCCCAAU